AUAUCUAUAUAAGAGCUCAAUAGGCCUUCCAUCUUCACUCCCAUUAUCCUCAAACAAACAGUUCAAACAUCUGAUCAUCAAGCCAAUCAAUUCAACUCACUUAAAACCCCUCGAUUAUCUACUUUUAAGAAAACACUAGAAUUGCCAUCAACAUGCUCGGUAAAGUCUCCCUCGAAGAAGCCUACGAAAUCCCCAACUUGGCGGAUCAAUCUCGUGACCAGGCUGCAAUGUAUAUCGCCCCAAAGGACCUCGAUCGUUACAUGCGUCAAAUCAAGUCCAUCACUGGUGAGCGUGUCAAGGUCUCUGAUGCCAAUGGAAUUGGUUAUACCAUCGUUUCUUUAACCGUCCCCGGUAUUCAAGGAAUCACAGACCCAACUAAGGCCGAGAAACAUGCCACUGAAUGUAACAACUACAUCGCAAAUGAGAUCAAAGACCACCGAGAUCGACUUGGAGCUUUCGCAUGCCUUUCAAUGCACAACCCCGAACAAGCCGCCGCAGAGUUGGAAAGAUGUGUCAAGGAAUUUGGAUUCCACGGUGCUCUCGUCAAUGAUUUUCAACAUGCUGGUCCUGGUGGAGAGACCUACCUCUACUACGAUCAACCUGCUUACGAUGUUUUCUGGAAGAAGUGUGUAGAGCUUGAUGUUCCACUCUACAUUCAUCCUGCCGCACCAACUGGAUCCAUGUAUGAGAAGCAAUUUGCUCAACGCAAAUAUCUCAUUGGCCCACCACUUAGUUUCGCCAAUGCCGUUUCCCUUCAUGUUUUGGGACUCAUCAGUAACGGUGUCUUUGAUCGUUUCCCAAAACUCAAACUCAUCAUCGGUCACUUGGGCGAGCAUAUUCCUUUCGAUUUUUGGAGAAUCAAUCAUUGGUUUGAGGACGUCGAAAAGCCACUCGCCGAGAAAAAUGGUGACAUCCCUUGGAAAAAGACUGUCGUUGAUUAUUUCAAGACAAACAUCUGGCUCACAACCUCCGGUCAUUUCUCAACCCCUACUCUCAAGUAUGUUUGUGAGUAUUUAGGUCCCGAAAGAUUGUUAUUCAGUGUUGAUUAUCCAUAUGAGACAAUUGAGAAUGGAUGUGGAUGGUGGGAUGGAGAUGCGGAGAACAUCAAGAAGGCGCUUGGUGGCCGAAAAGCAUAUGAAGAUGUUGGAAGGGAAAAUGCAAAGAAGUUGUUGAGACUCGAAAAAUACCAUGAUUCGGAAGCUGUGGUCGAGUAGGGGAUGAAUACCAGUCGAAGGAAAGAGCCAGGCUUCCUUUUCAAUAUCUACUUCUAGGCCAGUUAGGAAGAAAAAGUCUUAGACAAUCGAACAUAUAUUCAUAACUUAAAAAUGUCA